UGGGGGUCAGCAUGACAUCACUGCUGGACGAAGCAGCAAGGAGUGGUUUCUGUGAAGAGCUCCCCGUCCCAAAUCAAUGGAACAUACCCAAACACUCAGGAAAAACGCCCUCUAGUUUUAUCCAGCGUCAAAACAAAGUGUUAUAGCCGUGCUUUGCUCUAAGAGGAAUGAACUGCUCUGGAAAAUCACACCGCCAGCGCUGAACAGAGAAAAGAGUCGCCUCCGCUGGAGGGUUGGUGGUUUUCAAGUUUCUCCCUCUUGUCAUGCGCUGUGUCUGAAGAAGUUGACCUGCACUUUGAAUCCAUCCUGAAAGACCAUGCUGUCCCUCCUGCUGUCCGCAGUGCUGGCUGUCCAAGCGAUGGCUGUGUUGGAACUGAAUGUCCCAGAGCAGCCAGUUGUGGCGUUGCACUCCAGUGAUGUGGUACUCAACUGCUCCUUUAACCACACCAACCCCUUCAACCUGUCCGAUCUGAGUGUCUUCUGGCAGUUGACAGACACACAACGCAGUGUGCAUAGGUACUUGGAGGGACACGACCAGCUGGCAGACCAGGCAGAGAGAUUCGCCAACCGUACCAGACUGUUUCCCAACCAGCUGGGCCUGGGCAAUGCUUCACUCCUACUAAGCAGGGUGGUGGUGGCUGAUGAAGGCAGCUAUACCUGCUUUGUGAGGGUGCAGGACUUUGGCAGCGCUGCUUUGCUGCUGCAGGUGGCUGCACCCUAUUCCAAGCCCGUGGUGACUUUAGAGCCUCAAUCCAACCUGCGGCCAGGUGAUGAGGUUGCCCUGACUUGUGUUUCCUAUGGUGGUUAUCCUGAGGGUGAUGUCAUAUGGCAGGACGCGGGCGGGCGCAACCUGACAGAGAAUAUCACCACUUCAGUUGUGGCCAAUGGAGAAGGGCUGUUUACCGUGACCAGUGUAUUAACAGUGGUGCUGGAGCCCAACAGUACCUACAGCUGCCGACUGAUCAACCCAAUACUUGGAGAGGAGGGCUACAUCUCCGUUACAGUCACAGGUCAGAACAUUGCGUUCCCUCCGGUGGCUCUGUGGGUAACUGUUGGCCUGGCUAUAUGUCUGCUGGUGCUGCUCAUUGCCCUGGCUGCUGUCUGCCGCAGGAAGAUCAAGGAGAGCUGCGAGGAGGCCAAGAGAGAAGCUGAAGAAGCCAAGGUGCUGGAAGAAGAAGAGGAGUCAAAGACAGGAAUGAUAUCACUGAAAAGCUAAGGUCGAACGAAUAAAGGAGUCAGGACCAGAUGGGGGGGAGGAGAUGAGUCUGGCGGGUGAUCCCACUCCACCUAUCCAUCAACCUGGAGACUAUUUCCAGCAUCCCCUACAGAAUGUCAAAGCCUCGCUGAGCAGAAGACGAGUCCAUCAUCUUCUUUCGAAGACUUUCCCUCGAGUUUCCAUCAAAACACAUAAACACAUCAUGUGCCAUUAUUUUCUAUUGCCCGUCCUCCCUUUCUGUCGACGGAGGGCCACGCGAGUGAGUGAAUGCAGUUGAGUGGGUUGUGUUCUAUGCAAAAGAGAAGCUCUAUUUGAGAACUACAGGAUGUGACAGGAUCCUUUCUCUGUCGCUGAGAUCACUCUGUAUGGGUAGUGAUGGGGCAUGUGCCAGAGAUCUCCUGUCUAAUAGGAAGUGAGACACUUAAAGAGAUGACCCUGCCUCAGUUGCUAUCACUGUCUCUUGGCCAGGGAGAGAACUUGGCUCUCCCAUUACUCCUGCACUUGCUAAUUAGCGUCUGUCACUGGAGUAACUUGUACCUGUCAGUGUGUGCCGCUCUCCUAUGUUCAGUAAGUUGAGGGAAUUGAAAUUGAAUGCCAGCUAAGCUCCAACAAACUGCAAAUGGUGCAUGGGAUACACCCUGAUUUCCUCACUGACCUGACUGCCUUGUAUGUAAGAAUUUUUUUUUUUUUUUAAUGAAUUCAGACUAUCACAGCUAGCUUCUACAGCUGGUGUUGAAAGUUUUAUCUCGCCCAGGCCAGGGGUUGUGCAGGUUGUUUUAUUGCAGUACUUAAGUAGAUUCCUGUGCAGUACAGGUAUGUCCAUGUAUGAAUGUCAAAGCCAUUUGUGUUUGAUAACCGAAUGCCUAUUUACAUUAAAGAGACAAGGUGA